GCCAGGAGAACCAGGACGAACGGGGCCUCGAGGACAGCUGGGUCCGGAGGGACAGAGGGGUCGUAAAGGAGAAAAGGGGAACAGUGGGCACAAAGGAGAUCAGGGCCUCCCUGGCAAUCCUGGCAGACGGGGCAAGCGAGGCAAAGCCGGGCGCAAGCUCCCAAGAGGCCCCAAGGGACCCAAGGGCCAUCCAGGUGAACCAGGGUCAGAGGGACCACGUGGCCCACAAGGACCUUACGGGAUUCCUGGACUGAAAGGGGUGAAGGGAGACCAGGGGUCAAAAGGACAGAAGGGUGAGAAAGGCAGCAAGGGAUAUUGUGGCCCGCAAGGAGACGAUGGCUUCAAGGGCAAGCAAGGACCCGUAGGUGCACCUGGAAGGCCAGGAUCAAAGGGAGAGCAGGGUAAUAUUGGCCCACCUGGUCCAUGGGGAUCCUCCGGCUUCCCUGGAAUGCCAGGCUUAUUUGGACAAAAAGGACUUAAAGGUUUCCAAGGCCUCCCAGGACCCAAAGGCAAGCCAGGCCUGCCUGGUGCGCCCGGCCUUGCCGGUCCCAGGGGACCCUCACUAAACGUCUCCAUGGAGGAACUGAAGCAUCUGAUUUAUUCAACCAACAAACUGAGCUACGCCAGGGUGUGGGCUCUUCUGGACAACUUGGGCCAUGAGCUGAAGCUCCUGGUAGACCCCCCAAAUGGCACUAAAGACAACCCAGCUGCCAACUGCAAGGAGCUCCUCCUGGCUCAGCCUGGCCUGCCUGACGGUUAUUAUUACAUAGACCCCAAUCAAGGCAGUCCGCAGGACUCGCUGCUGGCCUUCUGCAACUUCACAGCAGGGGGAGAGACCUGUAUCGCUCCAGUACGCAAUCAGGUGCCCAUCAAGGCCUGGCUGAGAGCAUACACCUCCAAGGACACCUUUGAGUGGUUCAGCGCCCUGCCUGGGGGCUUCCUGCUGGAAUACCAGGGCGCUAGCACCGUCCAGCUCCGCUUCCUGAAGCUGCACAGCAGCCUCGCCACCCAGAAGGUGUCGUACUCCUGCAGGCCUGACUCCAACGGCGGAGAGCCGCAGCUGGAGAAAGCCAUCAAAUUCCUAGUGGACUCCAGGGAGCAGAGCUACCUGUCCACUCUGCCAGGCUGCAUGCUGGACAACGAGUCUUCGAUCACAGACGCCAUAUUCCAGUUUUCCACAGAGGAUCUGGCGCUCUUGCCCCUGCGAGACCUGGCUGUGUUUCACAAUGGAGACGUCUCACACCAGUUUGGAUUCACGGUUGGACCAGUUUGCUUCAGCUGAACCCAGAAACAAAAAUCCACUUUCCUUUUGGGGAAUGUAUGACUGCAAAGGAGAAAGGAACUAAAAAAACCCCUUCCCAUUGCUGCACCUCUGGGUAGCUUUUGAAAGCUCCUGUUCCUAUUUAUAAGGUAAUGUUUAUAGCUGCAUUAUGCCAUGGACUACACGGCCUUCUGAAGGAGGAGACUAUUGUUUACAAAAGUAAUUGCUCUAUAAAUAUAUAUAUAUAUAAAAGGUGUUA